UACGAGUUGUGCUAUCAGUAGAAAGAACGCCUGAUUGGUGGUCUGAUAAACAUAUACAACCUAAUGGCGGAAGCAAUGUGUGUGAUGUUUAAAUGUUUGGGUAAUACCUAGACAAACUGGAGUGUACCUUUUGUCACUGGGAUUACAAUCUGAAAAGGGGUUGCACCACGGCAAAAUGAAUUACGGAAAACGUAUAGCCCUAAUUCCUCUUCCCACCAAGUGCAGCAGUGUAAAGAGUAUGAAGGCGAGCUCUUCCAUUAGCUCCAACAUGAACACCGACAGUGAGAGUAUCAUGGGCUUUGACGAUUUUGAGGAUGAUGUGAAAGAUAAUGUGAAAAGGAAAACCCGUAACUUAAGUGAAAAGAAACGGCGAGACCAAUUCAACAUGUUGGUGAAUGAACUGUGUUCCAUGGUGUCUGUCAACAACAAAAAAAUGGACAAGUCUACUGUACUGAAGUCCACCAUAGCUUUCCUGAAAAACCAUCAAGAAAUUGCCGUUCAAUCUCAAAUCCAUGAAAUAAAGGAGGACUGGAAGCCAUCUUUUCUGUCUAAUGAUGAAUUUUCUCAACUUAUGCUUGAGGCGCUGGACAGUUUCCUCAUUGUCUUCACAGUAAAGGGGAAGAUCCUGUAUGUGUCAGAGAGUGUAACAUCUCUACUGGGGCACCUUCCUAGUGAUCUUGUCACCAAGUCUUUGUUUAACCUCUUACAUGAAUAUGAUCGAGAGAAAGUGUCUAAUUUUCUACAAGAUUUCCACUCCAUGGCCAACACAUCAGCAGAGUUUGGUAAAGAAGAAAAUCAGAUUUCCUUCAAAUGUCAUGUCCAGUGUGGUGCUAUAAACCCUCAAGACCUCCGUGUGUUUGAGGAGGUGGAGUUCACAGGGACAUGCCGCCCCUGGGAUGGCGAUGAAGAUGCCCAGUCUGACACCGACAGCUAUGUGUACAUGCGAUCUCCCCCUGUGGACUCCACCUGCCUCUGCUGCACAGUACGCCUACAGACCACCAAGAUCAUCCGUGAAAUGCCAAUACAAACUGACCUGGCAUCAGAAUUCACAUCCAGGCAUUCAUUGGGCUGGAAAUUUUUGUUUUUAGAUCAUAGGGCACCUCCAGUCAUAGGUUAUCUGCCCUUUGAACUUCUGGGCACAUCAGGGUAUGAUUACUAUCAUCCAGAUGACCUGGACAAUAUUGCCCGAUGCCACGAGCAGUUGAUGCAGACUGGUGAGGGCACCUCCUGUCACUAUCGCUUCCUUACCAAGGGCCAGCAGUGGAUCUGGCUCAAGACACAUUACUAUAUUACAUACCACCAGUGGAAUUCAAAGCCUGAAUUCAUUGUCUGUACCAACACAGUUGUCAGCUUCUCUGAGGUUCGCAGCAGUAUUCGUAAAGAGAUGGGGAUGACAGAGGAGGAAGACUCUGAAAUGGUGUCAGUGGAUGAGACUGAGAUGGAGAAAGGCCAGCACAGUCCAUCGUGUUCAGUGACAUCUGGACCAGCCUCACACCAACUCUCUGCUGCUGUCCAAUCAGAGACACCUGAUGCCACUGUCACAGGUGUCAAUCAAUUAGAGGUGUCAGAAAGUAGUCAGAUGCCUCACUCCACACAACUUGAUCGGGGCAUCUCCAGUAAACCACUAACUAGCAACCUACAGACAUUCCUACAGCAGCAGCCCACACAGUCCCAGACAGCGCAGGAGAUAACAACAUCCCCGUCAACACCAGUGCUACCGCAGGUGCUCCCAAGGGGAAUGGUGCCAGUCAACAUAAUGAGCCUGCCUCAUGGCAUGUUGGCAGUCCAGCAGAAUCAGCUGUCCCGGGUAACAAUGGGAGAUGCAGUUAGUGUGGUUCCAUCUUUGUCACCAGCGCCAGUCAUGAGUCCUCAGGAGAAUCUUCUUCAGCAGCCACAGAUCUUCAUGACUCGGGCACAACGCCUUCUACAUGACCAGUUGCUCCAUAAGUCUGAACAGCUUCAGGAUGCCAUCCGACACCAGCAAGAGGAACUGAGACAGAUCACAGAGCAACUCACACGAGCACAGCACCUCUCCACCCCUGUAGUUCAAGGUAACAGCCCCACUCUAGCAGCUCGGCACCUCUCCACCCCUGUAGUUCAAGGUCCUCCGCCAGACUCCUCCCACUCACUCAUCCUUCAGCCCCAGGUCCAACCCAUGACCAUGGCUGCUACAGGGCAGCAGGUCAUGAUGAUCCCACAGAUGAGCACACUGAGUGUUAUCAAACAGCCACACCAAAUUCAGCUGCAUCAACAGGUGCAGAUCCAGCAAGUGCAACAGCAUCAGCUGCAGCCAUGUCUUCCCUUCCAGAUCGUCCCCGAGGCUGAUGAUGUCAAUUUCAAUAAUCAAGAAAUGUCAGACAAUUAGUCUAUCGUCAGUUGUAUGCACAAGUCUUUGAUGACUCGAACUUCACUUUAAGUGAUAAGGAUGCUGAUCUUCACCAUAGGUCUGAUGAAUGUACAGCACUUCUCAGGGUGGACAAAUCUUCCAAGGUUCCAGUAGUGUUUGGUUGUAGGAGGAUACCUCACAGCAAAACCCUGUGACUGAGGCAGUAUUUCAACAGAAUUCAUGAACUGUAAGAUUAAUGACUAAUGAGAAAAGUUGUUAUUUACUAUGGUCAACUUAUGCAUGUGCAUCCCUUUGAUGAUGAAAAUGAAGAUAUGAUCAACCAUGUAUUCCAGCCCAUGAUACAUCAUGUUGAGAUCCACACUGUGAAUUAUUUAUCCUGUUCCCCAACUCAUAAUAAUAAUAAGGGGUACCACCUCACUUGUAUAUAGUGUUUCACUUGACAACUUGCAUAAAUAUAUUUUGGCCAUUCAAUGAGUUGAAUAAUGUCUGAAAUGUGCAAGUCUUUGGAAUCUUCAAAAAGGGUUUGUUGUUAUUGUUACAUUUUCCUCAAUACUGUAGAACUGUAGUCUCCACUGUCUUGAGAGCAAACCCAACUUGUACAUUCCAUGGCUACUUAAGACAAUGCACAUCAUAUUGUGUCAAGGUUAUUAUGAUUGGCUUUGUCAUUCUACUCUCAAUAAUCCUAAUCACAUUGCAGCCUUGUGGCAGACUAAAUUUUUUAAUAUCUGAAUGACAAAAAGGAUACCUGGGUACCUUGGAUCCAUCAGCCUUUGGGCAGGUGCAUUGGUUAGAGUUUGGUGCAGACCCACCAUACAACCACCACACUGUGUAUGUUAGCGAUCCCAUGAAAAAGUGAUUGUUCAUGCACUACGGUCAGGACAACAGGCUUAGAUUAAUUUAUUGAUCAAGUUUAGAUAUUUUAAGCAGGCAAGGUUUUGUUAGAAACUGAGUGCUGUCACUGGUGAUUUUCCAAAGUUCAUUGACAUGGAACUGUAUUUU